AAGAAGAAGAGCUGACUAAGAGGUGGUUAGAUUGCGAUCAGCCUCUCUGAGGAUGACUCGCGUCAAGUUGAAGGACGGGCUGGAUCUACUAGCAGCCCUCAUACUGCUUACUGUGGGACUCGGCAACGCGACAGGCCAGCUACUCACGGUCAAACACCUGGACGGAGACGUGUUGAAAGAUGGGGAGUACAACCGUGUGGAACUACUGGUGAAGGCAGGCGGGGACACAAUCCAGGCCGGGAGUUAUGGCAUAGAUCUGUACCUUUCCACGGACUCGGAUUUGGACCCCUCCAGCGACAGACUCUUGAUGAGUCAAGAGCAGACGCCUGAGCUCCUGAAUGACUGGCUGGUGGACCUGAGUCAGCCGGACGUGCUGGUGGAGUCUGGGGACUGGACACAGCAGGAGAGGGAUGGGCUGUGUGGACAGUCUGACCAUGCUCGCCUUAUUGUCCACAUACACAACAUCACUGCUGACCUUGUCCUUGAUGAAGAGCAUUCUCAACCAGUCAAGAUCAUCUGUGAAGGAGAUUACGCUGGACUGUCCAAGGCCAGCGUGUCCCUCGGUCCCAAUCGCCGUCUGCACGUGGACACCGACAUCGUCCUGACCGUUGACGUCACCGUGCACAACUUCAACAUGGAGCCAUUUCCAGCCGGACAGGACAACUUCCAGCUAGAAGUGUACGUCAACGAAGGGGCAGAACCAACAGACUCACUGGUCAAGAUCUCCACCGCAGUGCUGUGGUACCCUCCUGAGGCCUUCCUCCCUCUACAACCAGGGAGCAGCAGGUCGUUGAAGGGGGUACAGGUCAGAGUUCGUCUCCCGGGAAAUCAAGCCGUUGGGAAGGAGUACUUCAUGGUGAAGGUGGUGCCGCCGGUCGGGACAUUAGAUGACGUCGGGAACGACUUUGCUGUCGCCAAUCAAACCGGACUGAUUGACAGCAACACAGGAACCAGCAAAUACCAAGCUGCAGUGGUGAGAUCCUUCAGUGUGGAUCCUGUGGUGUUCCUGGCUCAUGAUGUUCAGGUGGACAUCAAUGCAGAGGUUGACGUGACUGUGGGCUCCAGUGCACAGCAGGUCAACGUGGAGGAAGUCAAUCCAUCGUACACCGCAACCCUGUACUGGGCCAUGAGCCAGGAAACAGACGCCUACAAGAUUGACUCAGGCGUUGCCCUGGUGGUGAAUGGCUACCAUGUACCGAGCGGGGAGGGGCCCGUGACUCACACCAUCGAGCGGACGGGGACCAUCGCCGUACCGUCUGACCCAAAGUUCUGCGGCAGCGUGUACGCCAUCCUGGUCGCUGACUCUGAGAACUCCCUGACGGAUCCAGACAGAGCUGACAACAUAGCAGCCAUCCCUGUGCUGAUUCAGUGUAGCUCAUCAGAUGUGUUCUCCGUGACAGGCCUGUCUGUGUCUGGACCCUCCAUGUUGUGGGAAGGUGUGGAGACAACCCUGACAGUAGACUUCCGCGUGGCGUGUGCAAGACCAUCGUGUGACAUCUCAGCCAGUACACCUCAAGAUACAUUUGUUCUUGACAUCAGAGAUAUAAUGGACCUUCGUGUGGACACCAUGUCAAUGCUGACCCUUACCCCCGGAAUGGCCACCCCGUUCUCUGCCACCAUACACGUGACUGCUACUGACAGGAAGAUUCUCCACCAGUCUGAUAUCCAACAUUACAAGUUCAAGUUCUUCUUGUCCAAGAACCAGAAGUUUGAUUCAGCUAAGGAUGUGGAGGUUCCCUACAUCAUGCCUCUCUGGAUGAGGGGUAUUCUGGGAGAGGGAGUUGAUGGAACUAAUGUUGAAACUGCAUUAUUUGAUGCAUCUGGAAUAUUCAUACCAAAGACUGGAUAUGAGGACUUCUGUGGUGAUGUAUAUGUGAGCAUUCUUCUGGACACCUAUGAGGCGGACCCAUCGGACACUGUGAUUGGCCAGUACAAGGAGGGAUCAGAAGCCAACAAUGCCUACACUACACUGGUACACAUGGACUGUCCACCUCCACCAAGUUCUUUCCCAAACCCCAAACUUGUUCUGUCCGAGCCAACGUUCCACCAUGACUACAAGCUCAUCCCUGCUCCCUUCUCUGUGACAUUUGACAUCACCGUCACCAACAAGGGCAUGACAACCACCCAACAGGGGAUCUCCAACUUCGAACUCAGAGUCUACUACUCAGAUGAUGAUGACCUUGACCCGGCAUGGGACAUUGCCUUUGACAUUGACUUUGGUCCUGAUGUAGUGAAGAAAGCUGCUCGGCUGGAGCCAGGGGAGUCCAUGGCACUUAGAGGAUUGUCAGCGACUGUAGAUCCAGAGUUGAGUCGCCCGAGAUGUCUGCAGCUGGAAUCUCCACACCUGUUCCUGGAGGUCCUGCCAGAAGACAGCACCCUGCCAGGGUACCUCAUCCACACUGUGUCUGUACCACUCAGGAAGAUGUGUGAUGCAGUUGACAUCUCCAUAGAGGACUUCAACCUUGACGAUGGUCCUGAGAUCACAGCGGGGACACCGAAGGUGUUCAACCUGCGCACACGUGUCUCUGCUGCAGGGCAUGCUGUCCUGUACCGCUACAGCUACCAGUUCUACCUGUCUCACGAUCAGAUGUUGGAUCCAGAGGAUAUAGAGAUCCCCCAUGAGCCAUCCAGCACAGACCACACACAGCUGAACCUGGAGAUCUCAGGCCUGACCUACCACACACUCCAGCACAGCUUCGGGGGAGUGGAGGGGCCACUCACUAUAGAUCAGUACUAUCCAUACGUUGGACACUACUGUGGUUGGACGUACCUUGGGGUAGAGGUCAGAGUUCAAGAAGCCAGUGUCGACGACCUCCGACCUUAUAACAACAUUCAGUUGAAGAGGAUCUUUCUCCAGUGUGAUGGCGAUGGACUGGGCCUUAGUGAUGUGACCUUUGACCCUUCACCUGCAAGGUACUAUGCUGCGGAUGUAGAGGUCAAUGCCAAGCUGACCUUCACAGUCACCAACCUGAUGGGCACUAGGGACAUUCCUGACGUCCAGGGUGAUGAGGUCAACUUCCACCUCAAGGUUUACCUGUCGGAUGACCUUGUGUUUGAUGGAGGGGAUGAGGAGCUGCCCCAGACUGUGUUAGGUCUGAGUGAGGAGCACAUACAGAUGAUGAGAGCAGGGCUGGCCAGAGACAACUCCCUCCACUUCAGGGAUGUCCCAGUAACAUUCACACCAACGGCAGACAUGUGUUGGAAGACCCAUCUCCUGUUUGCUGUAGUGAGGGGAGCAGGACUGGAUAUUGCAGAUGCAGUAGACGCCAAUAACUUCAGAGCCAUCCCUUUUCAUUGCUAUGGGUCAGACCCAGUCACAGACAUCAGUGUUGACUCCUUCACCUUGGACUCUGCCCCGGAUCCUAACACAGGCGGGGCUGGCAGCUUCAGUCUGAUUACAGAUGUUGUACUUGGUGACCUAGAGGCCAUCACAGGUGACCCCGUGUUUGGCAUGGAGUUCUACCUGUCCAACGAUGACACCCUGGACCCAUCAGACCUGCCCUUACACUACAACAUCACGGCACAGAUGUCAGCUCUGAGUGACAACAUCACUGCAGAUGGACAAAUUACCUUGGAUGCAGGCAACUUGCUCUAUAUACAGAGGGGGUCCAGGUUCAACCGCCAUAAAGCCAUCCCAGUGGUCACAACCUUUGAGUUCCCUGACAGGGAAGGUGAUCUGAGGUUCCAACAAAUGAACCAGGGCGAUGAUGUGACGUUCAGUCAGGUCUCUGGGAUGGUGGAGAUUCCCAGUUAUGCCUGUGAAGCCAACGUGGACCACUUGUUUGUGUCUGUGGAGGGGAAUGACCAUGUCCAGGACCAUGUGGAAGAGAACAAUGUGGCAGGGACCAGGAUAGCUAUUGACAUGGACUGCUCAGACCCUGACUCUGUGGACCUUGCAACAACCAAUUUCACACUGGACCCGAACAAUGAAAUCCAGUUAGGGCAUGCAAAGGGUUUUGUCUUGAGCGUGGACAUUAUGGUGACAGGUUCAGCAGGAUGGCUGCAGGGGCAGGUGCCAGAAGGACUGUCCUACCAGCUGUACAUCAGGAAGAACACUGAUGAUGACGGAGCUCUGUCUCAGUGGAAGAGGAUCUCCUACAACAGACAGAAGGUGUCACUUCUGCAAGAGGACACCAGGGAGACAAGGACCAACCUGGACUUUGGUGACACGGAGGGAUUUGUCCUUCCCAUCUAUGACUACCUGCCGUACUGUGGGCCAGACAGUGCCAUCAAAGUGGUGAUGGAUGACUCACGGGUGGUGGAGGAGACGGAUGAAGGAAACAAUGAGAGAGUGGUCGACAUCACGGUCCAAUCUGACGUGUGCACUUCUGAUAAGAAAGAGUUCAGUGUUGUCACCUUCGAGCUUGCUGAUGAUGCAGACACCAUCGACAUCGGGGACACGGCACAGUAUGACCUGACUGUGGCUAUCAUGCUGGGAGAUGCAGCCUCUCUGUCUGCUGGCACUGCACAUUUUGGGUUCAAGUUGCUCCUGUCUCCUGAGAUGAGCACCAGUCACCAGGAUGCAGAGGAGCUGGACCCUGUGACUUACACAGCUGAGCAACAAAGUGUUCUUCAAGCUGCCUACAGUGCAGGGUAUGAGGAGGUUGACCUGAGUGGAGAGUACACCUUCUCUGACGACCGGUUGGCCACGCUGAAGAAGUUCUGUGACCAGUCCGUGUAUCUAGGUGCAGAGCUGACAGACAUCAGCCAGGAAACCGAGUCUGGGUCCGUUCAGAACAACAUUGGAUGGUGGAAGGUGGUCUUCACCUGCAAUGGAGCUGGAUAUGAGUUCACCGACGUCACCAACUUUGCCGUGCCUCAGACUGAUAACGUCAUCUAUGAGGAGGUUGCCACUGACAUGACCUUUGAUUUCAAGGUCACCAACUUGGGCUCCAUGGUACCUGACUCAGCUGGCAGACAGACUAACAUUCCCCUGCAGGUGUUGCUGGUGGGAUCAGAUGGAGUGACUUUACAAGUGGUGGAAACUGAGGUGUCCUUCAGUCAGGAGCAGGGCCAUGGAAGGAAGGCCUUAGCUCACAACACUCUCACAGAGUUUACAGGGGUGCAUGCAGUGUUUGAAAUCCCAGAAGGUCUGUGUGCUGAUACUGCGCAAAUCUGCAUCAGCUACAACAACUCAGCCCUACCUGACUUUGAUGACCAGUAUCCCGACGACCACACUGGGUGUGUUGAGCUGAACACAGGGCAAAACCCUCGAACCAACUGUGACAGGGAUCUAGCCGUCGUCCCAGACUCCUUCACUCUCCAACCUCACAACACCAGGUUAGUCUGGAGAGACACCGACGCCGUCGUGACCUUUGGCCUGUCCAUCGUCAACAAUGGCCGUCCGUUACUGGCCCACGGUGACGGCAGGCUGAACCUGGGGCUAGAACUCUGGGUCUCGCAGGACGACACUUUGGACACUGACGGCGACGUAGAUUUAACGGCUGUGGUGACUUACGGUGUAGAAAAUGAGAGAGUGCUGGCAGGCGACAUUGUUGAAGGGCAGACUGUUGACAUUGUGUCAGCCAUGGCGACUAUCAACAUUCCCAGAGCAACCUGUGAGCAGGCCCAGUAUAUCUGUGUCAGAUAUACCGAAGGAGAGAACUUGCCCAUACCUAUCCGUGACCAGGACAGUACCAACGAUGGAGUCUGCAUUCCUUGGACAGACGUACUUGACUGCAAUAGGGACACCAUCGACCUUGUUCCAAGGCUGCUGCAACUGAGUAACAUCUACGGGGAGAGUGUCCUGUACGAGGGAAUCCCGCGGGACUUUGUGUUCAUCCUGGACACGGUGAUCACGGGGUCCACCGUGUACAACUACAGCGCUCACCCCUUCUCUAUCAACUUCUACCUGUCUGAGGACGACACAGUGGACCACACAGACUUUGAGUUUGCCUACAUGUUUGAAGACACUGCCAUGUCUGAGCUGGACCAGGUACUGGGCCCUGCUCCUCAGGCCGCUGACCCAGACGCUGACCCUGUCCAGUCCUUCACCUUCGACCUGAGUGGACAUCAGCUGACCAUCCCUGCCCUGGGCACUGAGACAAAGUACUGUGGGGACACCUACCUGAUUGUGGUGGUCGAUGCAGAUGGCAUACUGAGUGAGCAGUAUGAGAACAACAACCAACUCACCAUUCCCAUCCAGUGUUUCUGCCAGAAAGACUUGUACCACGUGAUAGGAGCAACCCUCCACCUGAACCCCCCUAAUGUACAGCGGUACAUCUGGGCAGACUCUAGUCUGGAGGUCACCCUGGAUGUACUGCUGCAGUACCGGGGUGCCAGGGACCUGGGAGUAGCUUCACCAAACUCAGAGAACUUCCUCCUCAAGCUGUAUGCGAGCAAUGACAGAAUGUACAGGGACGGAGAGGACACCAACCUCAGUCCCUUAGACGGGUGGACUCUGCCAGUGGAGUAUUACAAGCCCAUCAAAGCAGGACAAACCAUCCAUCUGAGGGGGGUGAAGGGUUCUCUCAGAGGCGACAUGUUUGAUAAGGUGGUCUGCUCCAUCACCAGGCAUUUCCUGUUGCGGGUACAGAAAGGACCGAUGGUGCCUGAGCAGGAAACUGUCAUAGACAACAACGUCAUUCCUGUGGAGUUUCCACCUGCCUUGUGUGUGGAGGAAGAUUAUCGUGAUCUGGCAGUGAAAAGGCUUCAUAUCCCUGAAGUCAUUCAUCCAAAUGGCCAAAUCCUGGCAAGGAUCACUGCUUCUGUCAGCAAAGAUCCCUCCGCCCCUACCAUCCAAGCCAACGAGUUUGUCUACACCUUGUACCUGUCCUUGGAUCGCUUCUGGGAUGAAGAUGACCUGGCCAUCGACACCUUCAACAACACAAUGGCCAUCACACAUGGCAUGGACAUUGACCUGACUGAGAGGAUAACGCUUGAUGUACAAGACCAGAAGUACUGUCGCCCUGUCUGGGCCAUACUUUGGCUGGACUCUGAAGAUGUCAUUGAGGAGCCCUUGGAACUGAACAACUUCGCAGAGCAACAAGUCACUGUUGUCUGCCCUGAUGAUUUGUUCAGCCUUGCCUCCUUGACCCCCUUGCCCGACAAUGGACCAGUCCUGCUGGUGGAGGGAGUGGCAUCUCCAGUGCAGUUUGCUGUAAAAGUGGCCUGUGGCAUGGAGGACUGCAACAUCCCACCUUUGGAUCUGGGGGACAACUUUUUCUUUCAGGUUGAACUUGUAGAUGAGAGUUUAUCUACAGUUUCCAAUCUGACAACAAUAGAUGGAAGUUGGACAGAUGGCAUAAUCCAUCCUGCCAAUACUCUGGAAAGAGGAUUCAGUGGACUUGGUUCUACUGUUGACAUGAUCAUCUUGACAGAGUUGACUGUAGAAGUGGGAGACUGCUCGAGUGUAGACCACCUCCGUAUCACAGUGCAGCCUAGUCCAUCUCUUGGCCUAGUAGAUAACUCAAUGAGCAAUAACUUUCUACUGGUGCCAGUCAACUGUCAGCUAGACUCUGAGGAACCAGAUUCAAUUGUGACAGACUUCAGCUUCAUGGGCAGAGUUGACUACACCGAGGAUAAGACGUCCUUCAUUCCGUACACUUUGCAGGUGAAGAAUGCUGGACCUGAAGAAAUUCCCGCAUACAUGUUGGACUGGGACAUUUACCUGUCUGAAAAUCCAGUGAUUGACCAUGAGACAGAUAUGCGUCUUGAAUAUACAAAAACCUCAAUGCAAAUGGACGUCAUCCAAGAGGAAAUCAUGCCAGAGGCAACUGUGGACGUAUCUGACCAUGGAAAAGGCUUUAUCCUGCCUUCCAUACGUUGCGGCCGAUGGUAUGUGGGUGUCAUCGCCGGAGACACAAAGCCUGAAGAGGAGAAACUGUGGAGCAACAACAUCAAAGUUCAACCCAUAGAUAUCAGCUGUCCAAAUGAUGUGUACAGCAUUUCUGCAGCAAACUUCCAGCAAUCCACCUUCUACAUUUGGAAAGGAGCUCCAGCAAAUGUCACCUUUGACCUGACGGUGACAAACGUGGGCCCGAGUAACGUCCCGGCUUCUGUGGAACAAACCAACUUCGACAUAGGGGUGGCCCUGUCCAGUGAUGAGAAGUUGGACAGCCAGGAUUAUAUCCUUGAUACCAGCAUCCAGUUCAGUGGAGGUGAGAGGCUGCUGCAGUAUGCUACUCAACAGCAGGGGGAGUCGUUUGUGUUCCACAGCCUGUCAGCUGAGAUCACCAUCCCUGAAUCCUACUGUGAUGCUGCCAGGUUCCUUGUUGUGGUGGUGGUAUCUGAAAGUGACAGCAUCUUAGUUAAUAACCAUGCAGCACUGCAACUUCGCCCAAGCUGCUCUUGUGCCUCAGCUGACAUCCAGGCUGAUGCCAUCUCUGUGACAGGACCACUGACUCCCAACGUGGCUGUGGACUUCACUCUGAUGGGGAAAGUUCUGGUAAACCUCGGGGCAGCUGUCAAACCGUUUAACUACAAACUGUGGCUGUCCCUUGAUGAAGAGCUGGAUCCCCUGGAGGAUUUUGACCUCAAGUACCCCCUUCCCCACGGCCGCCCCUUCCCAUCAGCCCUCACAGAGACCGAGAACCGCCUGGACCUGAGCGGAAGAACAAGGACAGGUUCAGGAUUGCACAUUCCGUCAGAUGUAGACCGUAGGUACUGUGGCUGGGUUUACAUCAUUGCACAACUGGACUCCAACAACACAGCUCAUGAACUGGAUGAGAACAACAACAUUGCAGUGACUAAUGAACCAGUGGAGCUCACGUGUCCAGAAGAUGUGUUCAGUGUCUCUCUCCUGAAGUUCUACCCAUCCCAGCGGUACCUGUGGAACGGAGUCUUCACACCUGUCCAGGUGCAGGUGACAGUCACCUGUCACGCCGACAGCUGCCCCACAGCUGCAGACAGUUCUCACCACUUCAACUUGUCUGUGUUGGCAGCUUCAGAUGAAAUGGAAACAUACAGUGUUGCGCUAGACUGGGAAGGGUCUAUGACUUCAAAGCCAGAGGAUGCUCAGAUGGCAGAUUUUUCAGACCUCAGAUCAGUUGCUAUCACCCUGGAGGGAGGUCUGAAACUGGACACAGCUGACAGCGCCUGCAAACAGCUGAAACACCUGGGAGUACGGUUGUCCAGAGGGUCCAGUGCGGAGGUGGCAGACCUUGAUUUCACGGCUGUGCCAGAAAAUGAUGUGCAAUGGGUCCCGGCAGAGUUUGUGUGUGUCAGUGAUGGAACUAUUGACCUGAGCAUCACCAACUUUGGUCUGAGCGUGGCAGAGUACAGUUUCCAGUACCCAGCAGGCUUUGCCAUGAUGUUGGAGGUCCUCGUGACGGAGCAGAACCAUGUCAUCUCCAGUGUGUCAGGAGACCUGCGCAACUUUGACUUUGACUUGUUCCUGUCAGAUGACAGAACCCUGGACAUGGAUGACACCAUGAUCCACCACGACAAGACAUCAGUACUGUCCCAUCUCCAGGGUGGUCUGAGUGAUGGUGUGACUCUGGAUCUCGGCGGCUCCCUGCAGUUCAGCCAAGAAAGCUAUGCAACAUACUGUGGCAGGGAGAUGUAUCUUAUUGUCAAGGUUGACAGUAGGGAUAUCGACCCAACAGGCAGGCAGGAGGGACAGUUGGAUGAGACGUUUGAGGGAAACAACAUUGCCAGCACACCCAUAACUCUGGUUGAUUGCACAACCCUACUGGACCUGAGUGUGGAGGCAUUCUCAGUGUCAGACAGUAAUGUGGUAGCAGCAGGGUCUCCGCUCACCCUCAGUCUCUCAGUGGACAUCGUGUCAGUGGACAUAGCCAGUGUCUUCUCUACCAAGACUGACCAGGAACAAAAUUACAACUUCAGACUCAUCUUGUCACAGGACAAAGACCUCAACCCAACUGAUGAUGAACCAUCGUCCUGCCUGCUGUACCAACAGUCCGAGCUGAUGAUGAGGAUGGAUACAUGUGAGACUGAGUGUGCCGUGUCAGGAGACUACACCCAGUGUGUGCAGCAGUGUGUGGGACAGAUCUGGGCCACGUCUCACCACUGUCUCACAGAUCUGGCAAACGAUCCUGAUAUUCCUGAUCUAGUCCUCCCGUUCAGCACCCUUCAAAUUCCACAGCUGCAGGAAGAAGUCUUGUAUCCCUACAUCACCGACAACUUGGCCGUGAACAUGACAGGAAACUCCACCACUGUCAGCCACACCAUCACAUCAGGGGACACUGCACCAUUCCUGCUGCUGCCUCAUCGCGGUUAUGUCUGCAACAGAUACUGGCACCUUGGGGUCGAUGUCUUUGUAACAGAGGAAGCUGAAAUAAGAGAAACCUUCACACAAAAUAAUUGGGCAUUUCAGAGGAUCUACGUGUUCUGUCCAGCCGACAGUCUGUCCCUGUUGUCGGUACAUUUCAUGGGGGAGUUGGAGUAUAGCCGGAAGGUGUGGGCAGACGUCAGCUAUCCCAUCACCUACUCCAUCCUCCUGGGCAACCUCGGCAAGGACGACAUUCCCCCUGCUGCAGCACACCAGUCCAACUUCUACAUUGACCUUUACUUCUCAGAAGAUGAGUUCUUUAACGCUGAAGAAGAUAAAUGGUUGGGCACGUCUGACAGUGCUGCUGGGAUUGGUGCAGGCUUCGUCAAACAGAUUGGACCCAUGCCAGGAACUCUCCAGUUGACACUGGAGGAGUGUGAAGACUCCAAGAGGACAGCCAACGUGUUUGUGGUUGUCCGACCAAGCAUGGAUCUCCAGCUGGACUCCAUACCGGUCAACAAUUACAUCGGAACACCUGUCAGCCCCUACACGGUUUAUGGACUCUGUACAAUCCCAGGCCGUCUGGACCUGGGCAUCACCAGGUUUGAGCUGGUGGACGACCCUGUGAUCCACACCGGUCAGCCCAAGCCCUUCCUGCUGGAGGUGGAUCUACAGGUGGACGGUUAUGCCAGGCUGGUCCCAGCUGACCGGGACGACCCCAGGGACAUCAGCUGGGGCUUCAGAUUCGUGCUGCUCAGUAACAAGGAUCAAGACCCUUUCACAGAAGGCAUCAGACUGAACCAUAACUACAGCACAGAGAACAGGGACAUCCUCAGGCAGGGAGUGGCCAGUAAUGUCAUUCAUCAGUUCAACAGCCAUGGACUCACGGUACAGCAUGAAGAUUUUGGAGUGGAGCCGCUGUGUGGUGUAGCGUACCUGGCUGCCAUUGUGUGGCCACAGAAGCCCAACAUGGCCAGGAUUGACCCGGUCAGGAGCAAUGACUUCAUGACCAUCGAGGUCCUACUCAAAUGUGAUGGAGAUGUGCUGGGUAUGGAGAACUUCCAGGUACGUACAGUCCUGCCACAGACGUUCAUCGCUCCAGACGCACCAACGCUCAUCUCCUUCGACGCUGACCUCAUCAACCUCUCUCCUCACCCAAUCAUGGCUAACCUGAAGGAGGACAAUUUCAUCUUCAAGGCCUACCUGUCCGUAACCCCAACACUGGACCUCCACAGCUUUGACUACUGGGAUUUGCACCUGGAACUUCUGCCUUCCCCACAAGCCUACAGACAACCCAUGCAACACAAGGCCCCCAUGGUGGACAUCCAGGGACAGCUGAAUGGGGCCAUGAGGGAACAUGGGCACAUCAGGCUGAAGGACGUGGUGGGGUAUGUCACCUUGCCUGCAGAGGCCUGCGAUGCAGCACAGUACCUAAUGGUUGCAGUCCAUGCCCAACCUGCACUGCCUUAUACUGAAACCAUCUUUCAUAACAACUAUAUGGCAUAUCCCAUUGACCAAUUUACUGACCUCAAUUGUGCAGGUACCAGUGACCUAGUCAUUACAGAGUUCAGCCUUAGUGAUGAGGACAAUGUUGUUCAACAAGAACAGCCUGAAGAGAUCUCUAUUACUGUGUCCAGUGGAAGUUUCAGUGAUGAAGAUUACUCUCUGAAGUUCUACAUGUCAAAGGACAACGACUGGGACCCCAUUGACCAAGAAAUAGUCUACACGGAAGACAGCCAAACACUGACUGUUCCCAGCUACACUGACCAGCAGUACUGUGGCACGGCUUACCUGGUAGCAGUGGUGGAUGUAGAGAAUCGUGUGGAGGAGAGCAGUGAACACAACAACCAGGCAUCUCUGGAAAUACUCUACCAGUGUGCAGAAGAUUUGUUUGUACUGUCAGACGUCAGUAUAAACCCAACAGAGCAGAAAGUGUACUUCCUGGACCUCACCAACACCCUGUCUCUGGACUACACCGUGCACUACUUGGGGUCAGAGGCCGUAACUGGUAUUGCCACCCCAACCCCUCAACCUGCCACCACCGUCACAACACAGACAAAUACAACCUCCACUCCCUCACCACUCCCAAAGACAUUCAGUAUCAAGGUCUACCUACAUGACAGUGACGAUCUGCACCAGGGCAGGCCUGUGGAGAUCCCCACGUGGGGUGCAGUGUACCAGACAGGGUCAGCUUACGACAUGAGCAGGACUCUGGAGGGUGGAGAGACCAUUCGGCACUCACUGGAGAUGCCUUUUACACUGGACCAACACAUCUGUGAAGGGAACCCUACAAAGGCUAUAGUGAUGGUGGAGGAAGGAGAUCUGUUAGUCGGAGACAGUGAUGGAGUGACCUCAAACAACGUAGCCGUCCUGGACUUACCUCCUGGAACAUUGGACUGUUCCGGAAACUCCUUGGAUGUGAGUGUAGGACACUUUGAUCUACCUGUGGACAGUGUCAUUACCAUCAACCAGGCCAAGGACUUCUCACUCAGCAUCACUCUGGAUAUAAAAGGAAAUGGUGGCCAGGACGUGGAAACAGAGUACCACGCCCAACCAUGGAUGUGGGACUAUCUACUGAAGCCUGAGAUGGGAGCUCCAACCACAGCCCAGGGACUCAUUACAGGUUACCAACACAUCCUGGACAACCUAGAGCUGGCCAUCACCAUUUAUACUGAGGGCAGAGAUCCCAGAGACGAUACCCGCAUACCCUACCUUCUACAGACACAAAACUCACAGCUGUCAGAGGGACUCAAUGUCAUCAGCAUUGAUGAUGCACUACUCCUUGACGAGAAUUUUGUGCAGUACUGCACAGAGGAAGCCAAAGUUCUGGAAGUUCACAUGAAUCCCCACCAACUCCUGAGGGACGCCUUACCAGACAACAACAUACUGACCAUCAGUGGGAUAACACUGGAAGGAUGUGACAAUGUGGUUGAUUUUGCUGUGUCUACGUUUGACACGGGUGGUAGGACCAGCACCCUGACUGUUGAGACCCACCAGGAGUACACGGCCAUCAUCAGUGUACUGGUCACAGCUCCAGACCUUCUCCCUGCUGGUGAAGCUCCCUUCACUGUCGGCAUGCUGUUGUCUUGGGAUGACCAGCUGAGCUCUGAUGAUGUGAGCAUCCCCUUCACCCUGACGCCAGGGCAACAGACAAACCUGACCCAGGAUUUCACCUCCAGACGCCUGACACAUCUGGACUGGAUGGCAGACAAUCUGUACAUUCCACUCAACAUGCAGACAUUCCAGUACUGUUGGACCCGACCAUACAUUAUCCUACAAGUCACCAGCAAUGAGACUACAGAGGUCAACAUGGCCAACAACUACAAGGCCACUGACUUCUACUUUGAGUGUGGAAGAAGAGACAUGGAUGAAUGUAGGAGAAACCUACACAACUGUGACCUGACCAGGGAAAUCUGUAUCAACACCAAACACAGGUUUGACUGUGCGUGCAGGUCUGGCUACAGGGAGGACGCCAUCGGCCAGUGUGAAGACAUUGAUGAAUGUGCAGCUGUAGACAGUAGAGGAGACCCCACCCAUGGAUGCUCAGGUCUGGAGAACUUCCAGUGUGUGAAUGUCCCAGGAUCCUUCAACUGCUCAUGUGCACAGGGCUUUAUAGAGAUUGGUGACGCAUGUGUUGACAUUGAUGAGUGUGAGCUGGAUCCCUGUCAUGCCAUUGCGACCUGCACCAACACUGCUGGGAGUUAUAGUUGUCAGUGUCCUGACAUGUAUGAGGGGAACGGAAUCGGUGCGGAUGGCUGUAGAGAUGAGAAGAACUGUGACAAUCACCGUUGUCUGAAUGGAGGGGUGUGUGAGGAGCUGGAUCCAGGGUACCACUGCGUCUGUGCUGGGCCAUACUGGGGGGAGUACUGUCAGAAUGUUGAUGGAGGUUGGGGUGCUUGGAGCGACUGGAGCAACUGCUCAGCUGAUUGCAUGAUGGGAUACCAGACACGCAGCAGGCUCUGUGACAACCCAACACCGCGACACGGUGGGCGGGACUGCGACAGGCCGGCUCUCGCGGGAGUGGAGUACCAACAGUGUCAUGUUGGACCCUGCCCUGAGAGAGCCCGUGAUCCUUGCAACUUUGAGGACAACAUCUGUGGCCAUGUGGGUGGGGGAGGACUGUGCAGUGUGAAGACAGGAGAUGGAGUGAUGUUCCCCGUUAACACCACCUACCCAGUAUGUGACUGUAAGCCUGGGUACAGGUGGGAGGGGCAGGAAGGCAUGAAUGAAGUGGAAGGCUUCAUCAGGUGUACAGAUGUGGAUGAAUGUGCCAUGGGUACCGAUGACUGCCCAGCUGCAGAGACUGACUGUGUUAACACACGUGGUGGUUACACCUGUGUGUGCAAGGAAGGGUUCAUACCAGAUCCCGAUGACCCAACACAUUGUAUCGAUGUGAAUGAGUGUACAGCAACCUCGGAGUGGAUACCACCUACAACCACCCCUGCACCAACCACUUUGGCACCUACAACCACCACGGGACCAACCACCAGAGCACCUACAACCACCCAAGGAGCAACCACAGUAUCACCAUCCACUACUGCUGCUGUCAGCCAGGACCUGGCCACACCUUCUGUUGCCAUUACAACAGACAACAUGACAACAAAUGCUACAGUUAUGACUGCAAACAGCACGACAUCAUUCAACUGGACAUCCGUUGGCAUGACAACCAGUGGCACAACACCCGCUCCAUCAACAACAGCUGCCAUGACAACGGUUGUUACAACAACAACCAGCCCUCCGACAACCGACAUGACAACCAGAGGCACAACACCCGACCCUACAACCACUGCUGUGACCGACUACCCAACAGAUGCAAUGGGAAGUACAGGGAUGUCUGCCACAACAGCCUCAUUGCGCAUGACAACAUCAGUCAACACCUACUCAGUGACCAGCCGUGCUGACAUGACCAGCAUGCCUGCUGUUCCUGCUGUCCACAUGACAGCUGCCAUUCCUGCUGUCCACACGACAGCUGCCCCUGGUGACAGCACACUGGAUGACUGCACCAGCAGUGCCCAGUGUGUCAACACCCCAGGAAGCUACCAAUGUAGGUGUGAGGAGGGAUACUGGAGUGUUGGCAAAGGCACACAAGUGGAAUGCAAAGUGUCGACUCUCUUGCCAUAUGGACCAGAUGCUGGUGAUGUCCAGCUCAACAAAACAAGUCCUAGACCACAGGCAACCUCUCCACUCAUCCCAGUGCCAGGGGGCGUCCCACUGUAUGAUGGAAGGAAUCAUCUUUAUGCUUAUGUGAGUGAGAACGGCUUCAUCGGGGUGACUGAUAGUGGCAUCAGGCCGGCCAUGCCCUUCGCCCCCCACCCUGCUGCUGUGGGAAUAUUAGCUGUUUACUGGUCAGACGUACGCUUCCAUAACAUUCCUGCCACGACGGAAAACCCUCCUAAGGUGUGGUACAGAGCUUACACCCAGAGGGAAGCAGCUCCAGAUCUUUUUAACGCUGUGGAACAGCGGGUUAGAGACUACAGCUCAGAUGAUGAUGACUACAUGGCCUCAUUUGUAUUGGUCGCAACUUGGGAGAACGUUCGCCCCCCUUGGAGGGCAGACCAGACAAGCACGUUCCAGGCCGUACUGACCACUGAUGGCAGCUACAGCUAUGCUCUGUACCUGUAUGAGAGAGAAGCUAUGGGCUGGAACCCACGGCAAUACUAUGCCUUAUCUGACAUCCAUGCAGCAGGAGACAGGAUGGUGAGGGUGGGGUACUCUGUAAAGAUGGAGGACAACAACAGGGAAGAGUGGGAGGUGACAUCUGCCACUUGGGAUGGGGACAUCAACGGAGUCAAUGUCUUCAGAAUGGACACAUGGCAAAGCUCAACAAUUCCUGAAGAUAUUCCAGGGAUGGUGUUCUACAGGGUUGGUGCCAAUGACAUGGAAGAUGUCUCUAAGGCUAAACAGUGCAUGGACUGGUACAAGGCUGCAGAGUCCUCUGCAGAGUUUGGAGCAGAUCUGCUGGACACCUGUCCCCCCACCAUGGCUCAUGUCAGACUGGAGACAGAGCUGUGGAAGGCCAACUACAUGUUUGUGGAGUACAGGUACAACUGCUGCAAGAGACACCUGGACAACCAUUUGGGAGCAAACAUCCGAUGUUGCUAUGAUACUGAGGUUGAGGGAAACCCACUGGUCACUGAGGACUAUAUUUCAGCUGGACACGUCAUCAAGACAGCUAAUGAGGACAGGGACUGGGAUGCCCGUGGCUGGUGCUGUAACGUAGAGACUCCGAAUGAGUUCUGUCAUCUCUACCACAAGAAACGACCACCUGCAAGUUCAAGGAAGUACAGGCCAACAAUGCAAGCCACCAUGUUUGGUGACCCCCACUUCAUCUCCAUGGACCAGCGAACAUUCACGUUUAACGGCCACGGAGAGUAUGUCCUGGCUCGAACCCUCUCUGGCUGGUCACUCACCAACGGUGGGGAGUUCAUGCUGCAGGCACGCACGGCCCCAGCACCGGGCGCCACGGGGGCCACCAUACUCACAGCCAUAGCAGGGCGUGAAGGCUCAGCAGACAGCCCGUCCAUACAGGUGUACCUGCACAGCGAUGGAGAACAGCUGGUUGUGAGAAACGGCACAGACAACAUCACGGAGAGUCAGACUACUCCUCAUGGGUCUGUCCUCGUCACAGCAGGUUCCCAAAUUGUUGAUGUUUUGGCCCAGUUCCCCUCCGGCAUGUAUUUCCACGUGUCCACAAGGUCGGCCAUGUUGUUCUUCACUGUGGGCAUGCCCAGUAGCUUCCAGGGGUACCUGGAGGGCAUCAUGGGUAAUUUUGAUGGAGAUGAUGGCGAUGAUUUCAGGCUAUCAGAUGGUACUGUCCUUGGUGCUGAUGCCACAGAGCAAAACAUUUUCGACUUCGGCAAGUCAUGGUCCCUAAGAACAGUUAGCCAGGCGGAUGGUGUCCCAGUGGAAGACUUCACCCUGUUUGACUGGUAUGAUGGCAGUACUGCAGCUGACUAUGGGGAUGACCAGUACCAACCCAGGCUGAUGUCAGAUGUAAGUUUGGACGACCCAGCCCACAUGGCUGUGUGCAGGAAGGCUGACGGCACUGUGAGUCAGGAGUGCAUGUAUGACAUCGCUGUGACUGGUGAUGUGGAGGUUGGACAGGCUACACUAUGGGCACAGGACCAAUACUGGGGCAGGGAGAAUGCUACUAGUAAUUUUGCGCCGACCAUCAUUGCCCCAACUGAGAUCCAUGCAGAAGUUGGAUAUCCUGUCAGUCUCACCAUUGAGGUGUCAGAUCCAAACCCAGGGGAUGUCCUCAACAUUACAGUGGAGGUUAGUAAUUUUGCGCCGACCAUCAUUGCCCCAACUGAGAUCCAUGCAGAAGUUGGAUAUCCUGUCAGUCUCACCAUUGAGGUGUCAGAUCCAAACCCAGGGGAUGUCCUCAACAUUACAGUGGAGGGAGGAGAAUUUACAAGCUUCCUCUACACUGAAGAUGGCACCGUUAGAGCAACGUUUACUUGGACCCCAACUGUGUAUGAUCUACAGGCUGCUACGACUAUCCGAUUUAAAGCUGUGGACGACAAAGGAGCCGUGACGGUAGCUAGUCCCCAGACCAUCCUCUGCUACUGCAGCGGUUACGGCACAUGUGACUACAGCAGCCUGAGCUACAGACAGUUCAUGUUCGGCCAGGCAGUCUGCUUCUGCAAACCAGCAUUCAUCGGGGACAUGUGUGAGCAGCAGAUCGACAUGUGCCAGUUCCAACCCUGUUAUCCAGGAGGGCGCUGCAUCCCUGACCCCAACGGAGAUGCCGGGUACAUCUGUAACAACCAGUGUCCAGAGGGGCUGACUGGAGAUGGGCAGAACUGUGAAGAUCGAGAUGAGUGUCUGGAGGUAGACAGUGAAACUGGCCAGCCCACCCACGGUUGUGAGCAGGACUGUGUCAACUACCCAGGGAGCUAUGCUUGCACCUGUCAGGAAGGCUACAGGAUUGCUGGAGACAGCCGCAACAGAUGUGAAAAUAUAAAUGAAUGUGAAAGCCCAGACCUGUACACCUGUCCGGCUCACCUGGUCUGUGUGGACACCACACCUGGCUACAGGUGCGGCUGUGGAUCUGGCCAUCACAUGGACCGCUACGGCAGAUGUGUAGACACUGAUGAGUGCCUUGUGGACAAUGGUGGGUGCCAGAAGCUCUGUGUCAACACUGCUGGCAGCUACCACUGUGAAUGCGGGGGUGACUAUGUCUUGGCAGAGGAUGGAAUGGCCUGCAUAGACACCAACCCUUGUGAGGGGCAGAACGAGUGUAACCAGACCUGUGUGGAUAAGCAAGGCUGGCACCACUGUGACUGUCUGGAACCUUACCACCUCCUGGGAGAUGGGGUAACUUGUGCUGCCAAUGAGACAUGUAAUUCACAAUGGUGCACUCCCAAGGAUGUUGCUAUUUGCUCCAAAAUUGAUGAAGCAUUUUGGUGCCACUGCCCCAGAGGAUACAGGAAGCAAAACAACAAUUGUGAAGACAUCAAUGAGUGUAUUGAAGGCACCAGUCGGUGCAGCCAGAGAUGUGUGAACCAGCCGGGAUAUUACACCUGUGAGUGUGUGGCUGGGUACAGGCUGGCUGCUGAUGGAAGGACCUGCCUUGAGGUUGAUGAGUGUGAGGACAACAACGGAGGCUGUGAAGACAUAUGUGAGAACUAUCCUGGCGGCUUCCGCUGUGCCUGCGGCCCGGGCUAUGACAUGACACCCACCGACUACACACCCAGCUAUGAGCCUGCUCCUACCGGACUGUGCCAUGAUGUGGAUGAAUGCCUUUACAACAUGCACAUGUGUGGUCCGCAUGCCACGUGCACCAACACGAUUGGCAGCUACACCUGCAGCUGCGAAGCUGGCUUCCAGCUGCAGUCGGAUGGUGUCACCUGCUUAGAUAUAAAUGAGUGUGCAUCUGACAAUGGGCAGUGUACUGACCUGUGUGUGAACCAGGAGGGGAGUUACCGCUGUGCCUGUAGAACUGACAGCAAGCUCAAACCCAACGGAAAGGAAUGUGAAGAUAUUGAUGAGUGCACCUCUGUAUGGAUGAACCGAUGCCGCAGUACUGCUGUGUGUGUGGACAAGGUUCGGGGAUACGACUGCCACUGUACUGAAGGCUACAGGCCUUAUAGUGACAGAACUGGAUGCAACUCUGUGGUGUGGUGCCCUGCUGACUGGGAGGCUAGGUGUGACUACAGGUGUCUGAUGCUCCCUACACGCGACCCAGCAGCCCCUCCUAAGAGGUGCACAACAACAACGACUUCAGCACCCCCUGUUGGAACAACAAUCGCUCCAACAACAACUGCAACAACAACAACAACAACUGCAACAACAACAAAGGCACCAACAACAGCUUACCUGCGCAGCACAACAGCACCAAUGACAGCUUAUAUGAACAGCACAACAACACCACAAUCAACUCCCCAGGACAGCACAACAGAACUCCCAUCAACUUCUGUGGACAGCACAACAGCACUGCAAUCAACCUCUGUGGACAGCACAACCUCUCCAUCAACAUCCUCACAGGAAAAUACAACAGCACCAACAAUGUCAGCACCAACCAUGGCAGCACCAACCAUGGCAGCACCAACAAUGGCAGCACCAACAAUGGCAGCACCAACAAUGGCAGCACCAACAAUGGCAGCAAGAACAACAGCUUCUAUGAACAGCACCACUACAAACCUCACUACAAGCACAGCCGUGACUACAGCUACCCAGGCACCUCCAGCUGUACUGAUGACUACAGAAUGUGUGGAGGAUGAGGGUCAGUAUGUCAACGUACCAACAUGUGUCUGCCAGCGGGGGAAACAGUUGGCUGCAGAUGGGAGAAGUUGUGAAGAUGUUGAUGAAUGUGCCCAGUCCCCGCCGGUCUGUGGUGACCCCUCCGUCACUCAUGCCAUGUGUGAGAACAAGCCUGGGUACUACCUGUGUCACUGCCAGCCUGGAUGGGUCAUGGAUGUGGACAGGAAGGCAUGCACACUAAGCUCCGGUGGUUGGGGACCGUGGUCUGACUGGGGGCCGUGCAGUAAGACAUGUGACCUGGGCCUGAAGACCAGAACCAGAAUAUGUGACAACCCUGAGCCCAGCUUUGGCCAGCCACCCUGCCAGGGCAGCAGCACUGAUGUGCAGAUGUGUGCUGCAAAUAACUGCCAACUUGAUUCCACUGAAAAGGAGAACGCUGUUUUCCUGAAGCUGAAGGACAUGCCUGCUGAAGAGUACCCUAUGGUGGAAGCAGCACUUAGGGCAAAGGUAGCCAACCUGGUGAACAGUUACUGCAGAGGGAGGGGUGCAUUCCCCAUAUGUUGUCCUGAGGCUUUGGAAGACCAAGGACCCAACCGUGGAGACAUUGUUGGUGUGAAUGACAUCACCUUCAUACCUGGCACACCAAGGGUGGUGGACAAGGACAAGAAUUUGGAGGUUGGCAUCAUUGUCCACAUCCCCCAGCAGAAUGACCUUUGCACUCCGUCUGACCUUGCCAUGAGGUUGCGUCACCGGGAACUGUCCGGGCGGCUGAACAGGACCCUGACCGGCUUCAACCUGUUUGAGAGAGAUGAACUGAAGAUGGCUCUGCAGAGGGGCAAGACUGAUGUGGAAAAUGUUGUUGGCUAUACUCCAUAUGACCUGCUGGCCAAGCCGACUGUUUCUGUGUCCGGUACCCCAGGCUGGGCCAUAGCUGUGAUCGCACUGGGCAUCCUCCUCAUGCUGAUACUCAUCCUGAUAGCUGUGCUCUACACCUUCCGCUGGAAGCCCAAGGCAGCAGUGGAGCCAGAUACUGGAGAAAGCCAUGCCUAAACUACAUCCAGAGGCCUCAUAAGAACAUGUUUUUGAAUUGCAACAUCACAAUACUGUGUCAUAAGAUCUAGAACAUCUGAGUUAUAUUAGUAGAUUGAUUUGAGUUAACAUUAAAUCUAAAUUCCUUUCUUUUUUCUCAUGAUAUGGAUUGGCCACAGAGAUCAAACUUCCCACAGAAACAAAGAAACAGCACGAAAAGCAUUCAAGUUGGUUAAAAAGAGAAAACUCACUAUUGAAAACCUUUAGCAAUCAGAAUUGUACUGGUUCACUGGUAACUCAGAUGGCAAAGGGUUAACCAAAUUUUCUGCUAACAGUAACAGUUUUUAGAUUAAUAUUCUUUUUUACAGUCCGUCUUUGUGGUAUCAGCUGCUCGAGUGAUGCACAAAACAUUGGAUACUUCUGUGGGAAUUUUGACCUGUGAUAUGUGCACCUGGCAUUAUCCUGUGGUUACUAGGUCUCUCCUGAACCGAAUUCCACUAUAGGUAAUUGCCAGUGCACUGGGGACGGUACAAGUUACAGGUUUAAUUUACAGUAGUUUGUAGUUAUCUUGGUUGCUGAAACUGUGGCUACUAGGUCCCAUCAGCUUUUGUAACAUUAAAUCAGAUGUAAAGCCACACCAAUUUAAUCAAUAAAUUGGUUCUUGGAUUUUCCUUCUAAAUUUUUUUUUUGGAUUAUUUGCAAAAAAAAAUAGGAUUUAAGUUCUGAAUUAACUAAAAAAUGCUCAUGUGUUGCCCCACCAGUAGAGGAAAGUCGGACUCCAAGUCUUUCUAGUUGUAAUAGUUUUUCCAUGUAAUAAUUUAGUGCUUUUAUUAAAAGUUCAGAAUUCAUACUUUGUUUUAAUUAUGAACCAGCCAAGUAUAUUGACGUCUUGGCUCGUAGCAUUUGGGGCUAUCAAAGGAUGCCUAAGCCUGUUUUUAUUCUUUUUUCGCCGUUGA